AUGGGGGCCGCGCCGGUGCCCGACGGGCAGUACACGGCCGCGGUGUACGGGCUGAUCCGUGCCGGACGCUGCGGGGAGGCGGCGGCGCUGCUGAGCCGCGAGCUGCAGAGGAGCAGCCGCUCGCGGGGCGGCCUCUCGCUGCUGGGCUACUGCUACUACCAGCUGCAGGACUUCGCCGCGGCGGCCGAGUGCUACGAGCAGCUGGCGGCCCUGCACCCCGAGCUCGACGCGUACCGCCUGUACCUGGCGCAGGCCCUCUACAAGGCCGGGCUGUACGCCGAAGCGCUGCGGGCCGCCAGCCCGCUGCUGGACCGGCCCUCCUACCAGGGCCGGGCCCUGCGCCUCCAGGCCGCCGUCCACUACGGGCAGGGCGACCUGGCGGCAGCCAAGAGCCUGGUGGAAGAGGCGCUGGCCGUAGACAGCGGCCUCGGGACGGCCGAGGACCCCUCGGAGCGGGCAGACGCCGAGAUCAACCUGGGCUGUCUGCUGUACCGGCAGGGGCGGCACGAAGAGGCCGGCGGGAAGUUCGCAGGUGCCAUGCAGGUGCUGGGCUACUGCCCGGAGCUGUCCUACAACAUGGCGCUCUGCUGCUACGCCACCAAGCAGUACGCCCCUGCCCUCAAGCACAUCUCUGAUAUAAUCGAGUGCGGCAUCCACCAGCAUCCCGAGCUCAGCGUGGGCAUGACCACCGAGGGCAUCGACGUGCGCAGCGUGGGCAACACCCUGCUCCUGCACCGCACGGCCCUGGUGGAGGCCUUCAACCUGAAGGCUGCCAUCGAGUACCAGCUGCACAACCGGAAGGCGGCCCAGGAGGCGCUCACCGAUAUGCCGCCGAGAGCCGAGGAGGAGCUGGAUCCGGUCACGCUCCACAACCAAGCGCUAAUAAACAUGGACACCCAGCCCACAGAGGGCUUUGAGAAACUGCAGUUUCUUUUGCUGCAGAACCCCUGCCCACCAGAAACCUUUGGAAACUUGCUGCUCCUCUACUGCAAGCAUCAGUACUAUGACUUGGCAGCUGACGUGCUGGCAGAGAACGCCCAUCUAACCUACAAACUGCUCACACCUUACUUGUACAACUUCUUGGAUGCUGUUAUUACUUGUCAGACUGCCCCUGAGGAGGCUUUCUACAAGCUGGAUGACGCAGCAGGGAUGCUGACCGAGCAGCUGAGGAAACUCACAAAGCAAAUACAGGAAGCUAGGCAAAACUGGGAUGAUGAAGCUGUAAAAAAGGCUGUUAAUGAGUAUGAUGAGACUUUGGAUAAAUAUAUACCCGUGUUGAUGGCCCAGGCUAAAAUUUAUUGGGACAUGAAGAACUACACAAUGGUAGAAAAGAUUUUCCGCAAAUCAGUGGAGUUCUGUAAUGAACACGAGGUAUGGAAGCUCAACGUGGCUCACGUACUUUUCAUGCAAGAAAACAAGUACAAAGAGGCUAUUAGCUUCUAUGAGCCAAUAGUUAAAAAGCACUAUGAUAACAUUCUUAAUGUUAGUGCCAUCGUGUUAGCUAAUCUCUGUGUUUCCUACAUCCUGACAAGCCAGAACGAAGACGCAGAGGAGCUGAUGAGGAAGAUUGAGAAGGGGGAAGAGCAACUGUCCUAUGAUGAUCCUGAUAAAAAUAUCUACCAUCUUUGUAUUGUCAAUCUAGUCAUUGGUACUCUUUAUUGUGUGAAAGGAAACUACGACUUUGGUAUUUCGAGGGUCAUUAAAAGCCUGGAGCCAUAUAACAAAAAACUAAGCACUGAUACAUGGUAUUAUGCCAAAAGAUGUUUUCUGUCCUUGCUAGAGAACAUGUCCAAGCACAUGAUCAUGCUACGUGACAGUGUCAUUCAAGAGUGUGUCCAAUUUCUGAAGCAAUGUGAACUGUAUGGAAGAAACAUCCCAGCUGUCAUUGAGCAGCCCCUCGAGGAGAACAGGAUGCACAGUGGGAAAAAUACCGUUACAUACGAAGCCAGGCAUUUGAGGGCACUGAUGUAUAAAAUUGUGGGAUGGACUGCAUGAACAACAUUCCUGUACAGUACAAAAAAAAGAACCUUGUGUGUUUUUUCCUUAAGCUUGUGAGAUGAUGUUCACCCUGGUAUAGUUUUCUUGAUUGCUUAUAUUUAAAGAUUUGUAUCCUGUAUUUCAACAAUAUUCAGUGUAACAUUAAAUAUAUGCUCAAAUUGAACAUGUACGAAGUAAUUGGAGGCGUUCUCAGUCAUGUCAAAUACACCUUAAGAUGUGCUGAUCAAGAAUUUCACUACAGAAAUACCAUAGAACAUUUUAUAGGUGAAAACUCUGUCCCCAUGACAGUUUGACGAAGUUUCUUUAUGUUAAUUGGCAGUUUAAAAUAAUUUGCAAUCCAUCUCUUCUAGCACAGAUACUGAAGAAACAAAGUUCUCUAGUUUGUGCCAGUGUGUGAGAAGUUUCUCUUCUGCUUUUUCUGAGGUAUUCUUAAUAUGCUGCACAUUAUGUUGAUUGUAUACUCAAACAUUAAA